AUGUGGUCAGCACAAAGUAAUAAUAAUUCUAAUCCGAACUCUGCGUCAAAUGAAAAGAACAAUUUACGUACUCUGGGGAUGACAUCAGCCAUCAGCGUAGCUGAACCUAAACCCAUGGACAUCUCUAGAACCAAUGAAUUGAAGGAGGCCCUGAAACCCUAUAAUGUUUUUGAAUCUGAAGAAGAAUUGAAUCAUAGGAUGGAGAUUUUAAGUAAACUGAACGCAUUGGUUAAACAGUGGAUAAGAGAUACGAGUAUAGCUAGAAACAUGCCACCUAAUGUGGCCGAACAAGUGGGUGGUAAAAUAUACACAUUCGGUUCAUAUAGGUUAGGGGUACAUCACAAAGGCGCUGACAUUGACGCAUUGUGUGUUGUACCACGUCAUAUAUAUAGACAAGAUUAUUUUACGUCCUUUUUCGACUUAUUGAAAAUGCAAGAAGAAGUUACAGAUUUAAGGGCAGUAGAAGAAGCCUUUGUACCAGUUAUAAAAAUGAAUUUUGACGGCAUAGAAAUCGACAUGCUAUUUGCGAAGUUAACUCUUAAGGAAAUUCCAGAUUCAAUGGAUCUCAGGGAUGAUAUGCUACUAAAAAAUCUUGAUCAGAAGUGUGUCAGAAGUCUUAAUGGUUGCAGAGUAACGGAUGAAAUACUACGUUUAGUACCUAAUAUAGAAAAUUUCAGAUUGGCUCUGAGAGCUAUAAAAUUAUGGGCAAAACGACAUGGCAUAUAUAGUAAUGUCUUAGGUUAUCUUGGUGGUGUAUCUUGGGCAAUGCUAGUCGCUCGGACAUGUCAGCUUUAUCCUAAUGCCGUGGCUGCAACUCUAAUAGAAAAAUUUUUCCUUGUAUUCUCUCAAUGGAAAUGGCCACAACCAGUACUUUUAAAACAACCUGAUAAUGUCAAUUUAGGUUAUCCAGUUUGGGAUCCAAGAGUAAAUGUAGCAGACAGAUAUCAUCUAAUGCCAAUAAUUACACCAGCAUAUCCUCAACAAAAUUCUACCUUCAACGUGUCUGUAUCAACCAGAACCAUCAUGCAAGAAGCGUUUGAAAACGGACUAGCUAUAACGGAAGAAAUUAUCAUGGGUAAAGCAACGUGGGACAAGUUGUUCGAGCCGCCAAAUUUUUUUGGCAAAUACAAACAUUAUAUUGUAUUGUUAGCCAAAAGUUUAAGCGCGGAAGAUCAACUUGAAUGGUGCGGUCUUGUCGAGUCAAAAAUACGACAUUUAAUAGGUAUGUUGGAAAGGAAUCCUCAUAUUACUUUGGCACACGUUAAUCCGGAAGCGUUCCCACCAUUAAAUCCCGAAUCGGGCAAACAUUGUUCUAUGUGGUUUAUCGGCCUGGCUUUUUCUAAGUGCGAAAAGAACGAGAAAAGCGAAAAGGGCGAGAAUAUCAAUGUUGACCUUACAUACGAUAUCAAAUCCUUUGUGGAUACAGUUGAAAGGCAAGCAGAACAAAUAAAUAUGUUCAAGGAGGGAAUGUGGAUUGAGGCUAAACAUGUAAAAAGAAAGGAUUUGCACACUUAUGUAUCUCCAAGUUUACUGAAAAAGGAAAGGAAGGUUUCUAGCAAUAUGCAUCGAAAUGGCAAUAUUGCUGGAAAUGGAAACAGUGGUAGUGUAUCGCCGCGGAGUCAAGGCGAUACAAGUAGCAGAAAGAGAUUAUCAGAUCAGACGCUUGAUGCGUGUGGAAAAAAGCGACGAAUCAAUGAGGCAGAAGAACAAGCGGAGAACACAACGUUAGUAGUUCAAUCUUGCGGAGAAGAUAGUAAUUCUGGCUUCAGUAUGGAUGAAUACAAACCGACUCUAUCAACUAAUAAGGACGAAGGACCUACUAGUACAACUUCAGUAGCGCAGGAAGGAUUCGUAUGCACUUGAUCAUCGUGGAAUUAUUAUCUCACAUCAAUCCACAGAUGCUCCUCUGGGUCAUCUAGACUGUAAACAUUUCUCAUGCAACCAUCCACUGCCCACUGUAAGUCCUUCGUUUCGUAAAAGCAAAACAGCGCAAUGGAGGAAGCUGUCCAGGUGGAAUCAAUCAAUUGAUGACGAUUUAUGUGUUUAUG